AUGUCUAAAACGGUGUCUGUUAACGUGGUCGAAGCCCGCCAGCUCAAUGGAAUCAACAUAAAUCCUACAGUGGAGGUGAAAAUUGCCGACAAAACUCAAAAAACCGACACAAAGUUAUCAACUUCCAAUCCAUAUUAUGACCAUUUUUUCAUGUUCGACUUCUUCCUGCCCAAGGAGGCUUUGCUUGACGAGGUUAUCAGGAUCAAAGUAAGUUCAAGUACUCCUGACAGAUAA